UCCGGGUUUAGGUGCGACUGCGGGGUUGCCGAGCGCUCGGGAGACGAAGAGGGGUGAAUUUAGGUGUCCGAGGUUGCACCUGGAGGCGUGUGUAAGACUCUGCGGCCGAAGAAAGCUAUUAAGCUUCAUAUAUGGGUGAUUAAAAAAAAAAAAGCAUUGUCAGUUUUACUUGCUUGAUUCCUGCUUCUCAAUAGAUCUUAACUCCGCCUCCACAUCUGUUUGGUCUUGCACUGCCAGCUCUUUGCUUGGAAAGUGCUCUGCAUUGUUAGGGUCAUUAUUGCUCAUGCGGCCAUUCUCUUGUCAUCCUCACUCUCCGACUCAUUGGCGUGUGCCUUCAUGGACUGAGUAGGAUUAAUGGGUAGAUAUGAUGUUCCAGUGGUCUCUAAUUCUGGAUUAAAUACCAAAUGGGAAUUUCUAGCUCUGCGGAUAAUCUUAGACAUUGUUUUAUUUAAAGGUUGAUGACUGCAUGUUGUGAAAUCACUUAAAAUUCCCCUUUAUCAUACUCCUCCCUCGUUCCUUACCUCCCGUCCCCCCGCCCAAGUCCUCAAAGUGGUGAAAAUUUUGUUCCGAAGUUUUAUGGACCCAGCAGAAAUUCUCCCAUUCAUAAUUGUGGGACUAGUUUUGUUACCCGUAAUAUGAAAGGCACUGAGUUUAGCCCGGAAAAGAAAAGAAGGGUUAAAAUACCAGCGAGGAGGCUUCGUGAGGUAGUUUCUCCAAAUCAGGGAGAGAAUUUGGCUUUGCCGAAAGAGGAGUUGCCCCGUGUUCCUCCAGCGUUGUCUGCAAAUAAACGUCUUCCUCUUAGAACCGAGGCUAGCUUGACUGGAACGUUACGUGGUUCAUCAGACUUGACUUCUGCUAGAAAUUAUCAACAGCCUCCAUUAGAAAUUUCUACUGUGUCAGAAAGUGAUUUUUCUAAAGAUGUUGCAAUGCAAGAGUUGCCUCUGGAUAAACUGGAAGAGAGCAACAGACAAAAAGCAAAUGACAUCUUUAUUUCUCGGUAUACCAUGGGACAGAAGGAUGCUCUAAGAGCAGUUUUAAAGCAAAAGGCUCAAAACAUGCCUGUUUUUAAAGAAGUAAAGGUACAGCUUUUGGAAGAUGCAGGCACAGAAAAAGAUGCUGCUACUCAGGAAAUGAGAACUUCACCCAGUGGAAUUGAUUCAGCUACAACUGUGGCUGCAGCAACAGCAGCUGCCAUUGCUACAGCAGCCCCACUGAUAAAAGUACAGAGUGAUUUGGAAGCAAAAGUCAAUUCUGUUACAGAAUUACUCAAUAAGUUACAGGAGACUGAUAAACAGUUACAACGUGUUACAGAGCGGCAAACAAGCAUUCAGAAUAAACAUGAGAAACUACAUUGUCAUGAUCAUGAAAGGCAAAUGAAUGUGGUAAUGGAGCAGCACCUUAGGCAUCUUGAAAAAUUACAACAACAACAAAUAGAUAUUCAGAGUCAUUUCAUUAGUGCUGCGCUCAAGACCAGUAAUUUUCAGCCUGUUGCUGUGCCCGCUUCUAGAGUGAUGGAAAAGUAUUCCGUAAAACCAGACUUUUCUAAUCUUGGUAGCAGUAAUCUAUCUUCACAUAACACAUUUGCUUCCAAACAAGUUCCUUCUAGAGAGGUUGAAGAUACAGAUUUUGAUAAGCAGAAAUCUCCGUUAGAGACACCAGCACCUCGCAGGUUUGCUCCUAUACCUGUUUCAAAGGAUGAUAAAAUAUCAAAGAGGGAAAAUCCUAAGGAAGAAAAAGAAAAUAUGGAGAUGACAGAUCAUACAGAAAAUAUAAGACUAUUGGAACAGAUUUUGAGUAACCAUGAUUCUUUGACAAGAAAAAGUGAGCCUUCAGAUAAAACUUCACUAACUAGGUCAAAAAUAGGAUGGAAUCCUGAGAGGAGAGACAGCAUUGAUACACUAUCAUCUCAAAGAUUUCCUUUCAAUGAAGAACUAGGAGCAGCUAACUUGACUGUACAGGGGUCUGAUGAUUUUCUUCAUGAUCCUGGCCAAAAGAGGAAAGAAACAAAUGGCAUACUCCAGCCAAAGGAAUCUCUGAUUAUGUCAAGGCUUGCUGAUCUUCCACAGAAUUCCAUUAAGCUUCAAACAACCAAUAAGAGAUCCAUCUUGAAAGAUGCUGAGAAGAUUUUGAGAGGAGUACAAAACAAUAAAAAAGUCCUCGAAGAAAACCUGGAAGCUAUUAUUCGUGCAAAAGAUGGAGCUGCCAUGUAUUCAUUUAUCAAUGCUCUAUCUACUAACAGAGAGAUGUCAGAGAAGAUCCGGAUCAGAAAGACAGUGGAUGAAUGGAUUAAAACUAUUUCUGCAGAAAUUCAGGAUGAACUGGCAAGAAAAGAUUAUGAACAAAAGAGGUUUGAUCAGAAGAAUCAAAGGACCAAGAAAGCUCAGAAUAUGAGUAAAGAUAUUAAAACUCAGAAUAUGAGUAAAUAUAUUAAAACUAAUAUACAAGACAAAACAGUAAACAGUUCUGUAAUUCAAAGAAAACAUCCUCAAAAACAAAAAGAGGAACAUUUUAGAAAUCCACCCAUGAGGAGCAUGCCUGCUUCAAAUCUACAGAAAGAGAGAAAAGGAUUUUUGAAACCAACUGCAGUGUUACAAGAUGAGGAUUAUAUGUUACAAAUUUAUGGAAAACCAAUUUAUCAGGGCCAUCGCAGCACUCUUAAAAAAGGACCAUAUCUCCGAUUUAAUUCUCCAUCUCCCAAAUCUAAACCACAGAGACCAAAAGUAAUAGAACGAGUUAAAGGCACUAAAGUCAAGUCAAUAAGAACACAAACUGACUUUUAUGCAACAAAACCUGUGAAAAUGGAUUCUAAACCACAACAUUCUGUUACUACUGUGCUGCCUCCUGGUGAUCAGCAGUACUUGUUCAGCCCAAGCAGAGAAAUGCCUACUCUUUCAGGUACACUGGAAGGUCAUCUAAUUCCUAUGGCUAUUCUUUUAGGACAAACCCAAAGUAAUAGUGAUUCCAUGCCACCCACUGGAGUAAUUAUAAACAAGGCACACCCUGUAACAGUGACUACUUCUAUUCCUCCAUCAUCACGAAAAAUGGAAACUGGUAUAAAGAAACCUAACAUUGCAGUUAUAGAAAUGAAGUCGGAAAAAAAAGAUCCUCCUCAGCUUACUGUACAGGUAUUACCCAAUGUGGAUAUUGAUAGCAUUUCAAAUGGUAGUGCUGAUGUUGAUUUAUCUGUGCCUAGUCCCAAAGAAGAAUCUCCUCCUCUGAAAACCUGGAUACAGACCCCAGAAUUUACGAAGGUCGAUGAAGAAGAGGUGAAGUUUCCAGGAACAAACUUUGAUGAAGUAAUCGAUAUCAUACAGGAAGAGGAAAAACGUGAUGAAAUUCCAGAAUACUCUGAACCAAUUCUGGAGUUUAACAGAAGUGUUAAAGUUGUUUCUACAAAAUACAAUGGUCCACCAUUUCCUCCAGUUGCUUCUACUUUUCAGCCCACUACUGAUACUCUGGAUAAAGUAAUUCAGAGAAAAGAAACAUUGGAAAAUAGCUUAAUUCAGUGGGUAGAACAAGAAAUAAUGUCAAGAAUUAUCUCUGGGCUCUUUCCAGUCCAACAGCAGACCAUACCUAAUGUUAGUGCUUCAGUCAGUGAGGCAAGUGAAUCAUUGACUUCUGAUGUUGUGGAAGGAACAAGCGGUGGUGCCCUCCAGCUUUUUGUUGAUGCUGGGGUUCCUGUGAAUUCAGACAUGAUUAGCCAUUUUGUGAAUGAAGCUCUUGCUGAGACCAUUGCUGUCAUGCUGGGUGACAGAGAAGCAAAGAAUCAAGGUCCUAUUGCUACAAGUGUUUCUGGGGAUGUUUCAAUAAGCAACACACACUUGCCGGCAAGAAUAUGUACCCCAGUGGCUACCCCACAGCCAACUCCUCCUCGCUCACCUUCAUCACCUCCUAAGGAGCGUGUGUUAGUAAAAACUCCAGAUUCUUCUCCCUGUGAUUCAGAUCAUGAUUUAAGUAUUCCUGAGAAAGAAAUACUUGCUGAAAAAGGAAAUGAGGUGCCUGCCAUCACACUUGUUACUACUCCAGUGGUUACCCCUGUUACUACCCCUCCUCCUGCAGCAGCUCUUUCCCCAAGUUUGUCAGAGAUUUCCAUUGAUAAAUUGAAGCUCGCAGGCCCAGAGCUUCCUAAGCCAUGGAGUGAUGGAGACCUGCCACUGGAAGAGGAGAAUCCUAACUCUCCUCAAGAAGAACUUCACCCAAGAGCUAUUGUAAUGUCUGUGGCCAAGGAUGAAGAGCCUGAGACUGUGGAUUUCCCUCCUCAGCCUGCACCUCCAGAACUUCUGCUUCCUAUUGGCACCAAGACCCUUCCCCCCACACAGAUGCCAGGUUCUGAUUCAUCAACAACAGAAAGCACCUUGGGUGUUACUGUCACUGAAACUGAGACUCUGGAUAGACCUAUCUCCGAAGGAGAGGUUUUACUUAACUAUGGUCAAAAAGUGGCUCCCAGGAUUUUAGGAGAUGGAGGACUGUAUCUCAUGAACCUAAAUGAUAGCUUAUCCAGUACUCUACAUGAUGCCCUUGAAAUGGAUGAUGAUCCUCCCAGUGAAGGACAAGUAAUGAGGAUUCCCCAUAAAAAAAUUCAUGCAGAUGCAAUUCUUUCUCUUCUUGCUAAAGAAAACCAGGACUCUUUGGUUUCACCGCAAGCAGCCUACCAUUCAGAGGACUUGGAAAACAGUGCAGGUGAGCUUAGUGAGGGACAAAGGCCUGGGCUGACAGCAGCAGCAGAGAACAUCUUCCUGGGGCGUUCUGUCUCUAUGCAGCCACCUGCCACUAAUGUGGGGUCUUUGGGUCAAAAAUGUGCUCCUAAGUCACUAUCUCAGCAAUUUGACACAGUUACAGGUUCUGGUUAUGAAGAUUCAUGUGCUAGUCAUGGUCCAAUGAGUUUGGAAGAAUUGGAGUUUCAGCCAAAUUCCAACCUUGCUCUUCCCACAACUCUUCUGACAGCACAAGAAAAUGAUGUUAAGUUAUCAGGAGCAGCUGAAGAUAUUCAUCAGUACCAACAAAAACAUGACCAAGAACAUAAGCAAGUUGAACAUAAGCCAGCACAAAGUCGUUUAAUACGUGUAAGAAGUAAAUCUGAUACUUCGUUUUCACAGCAACAAGGUGGUAAAGCAGUACCACUUAUCACUUCAGAGCCAUCACCUGCCAUGAUGUCUGUGACGCUGCCCUCAGUGAAACUGGAGAAGUGUUCUCAAUCUCCGAGCAUUAGCACUGUCCAGGAAGACAUAGAGUCCUCAGGAACAGACACCUUCUGAAAAGGAAGGGAGAGCCAGCAUAAUAUGUGUGCCACUGGUUUUGAAGUCAUUUUUCUCUGGUAUAAAACCAUGUCUCAGACAAUUUUGGGUUUUGAGCAUAUUCUGAAAAAUAAUUUCUAAAUUUUUUAUGAAAGUAAAAAGCAUAAUUUGGGUAGUUAGGUAAAAUUUUUAAAUAAAAUAAUUUAAAGACCAAUCAUCUUGAGUCUGAAUUAUUUCUUAGAAUCCUGAGGCAGCAUAGAGGAGUGGAAAGGGCAUGACUUUUGGCAUCUGAAAAUUUAUUCUACGGAUAUAAUUGCCUGUAGUUAUGAAAUGAUGUUGCUCAAGGCUAUUCAUUUCAAAUAUUUGGCAGUAAUAUAACACCUAUCAAUAAGGGACUGACUGAAAAAGUGAUGUUAUAUCUGUACAAUGG